UGGAUUCAAUCGGACAGAGAUUAGUCAGUUCAUAUUUCGUGUUGUUAUUUGACACGUUGCUUAUUGGUAGUCAGCUAUAUACAUUGUAUGGUUUGAGCCUACUUUAAAAACUUCAGCUGCAGUGUCCGCCUGGAAAAUGAGAUUUAAAAUCGCAUCAGUUUUGAAAUUCGCUAUUGCUUUGGCAAUUUUCUAUUGCGCAUUUAUUGUACUACCGAAAACUUUCAAAAAACAGCCCCCACCCCCUUUUGAAAGAAUCGAGAACGAACCCCAAGUAAAGCUUCCAGAUUCCGAAAGCAAUAAUCUUGAGUUUCCAGCUGUUGAUGGAGUUGAGGUGGACUUGCAAGAUGGGAGCCGACAUUUAAUCAAACACAUUAAGUUUGAACCGAAUGAAGUAGUAGCACCUAUCAAGCCAGUUGUGAAAGAAGAUUUUUCGAAUUAUCCGCAGCUAAACUGGAGGAAGCUUGGUAACUACGAAGAAAGUUUAGCAAGGAGAAACGGGCCGGGGGAAUAUGGGGUAGCUGUCCAUGCUACUAAUGAUGAAAAGGAAGCUGUGGCAGCAUCGAUAAAAGAGUUUGGUUUUAAUAUGGUGAACAGCGACAAGAUAUCACUUGAUCGACUGCCGAAAGAUCUGAGGCAUGAUGAAUGCCGUCACUGGGACUACCCUAGUGAUCUUCCAGAUGUAAGCGUGAUCAUUGUGUUUCAUAACGAGGGUUGGUCAACACUGGUAAGAACCGUGCAUUCUGUUAUCAAUCUAACACCGAAGAAACUGCUUUAUGAGAUUGUAAUGAUUGAUGACCAUAGUAAUAAAGAGCAUUUGGGACAGAAAUUGACGGAGUACAUCCAAAGAUUUAACGGGCUUGUGAAACUGUAUCGUAAUGAGAGGCGUGAAGGUUUGAUUAGAGCGCGAAGUAUUGGAGCACAGAAAUCCACACCUGCUGAUGGUAGAGUACUGGUUUACCUAGAUGCUCAUUGUGAAGUUGGAUACAAUUGGUUGCCUCCACUAAUCAUGCCUAUAGUUAAUAACAGGAAAGUGACAACGGUUCCGCUCAUAGAUGUGAUCAACGGUCAGGAUUAUACGUUUACCUCCCAAGCUGGUGGUGAUGCCAACGGAUUUGCACGCGGUGCUUGGGAUUGGAGCAUGUUGUGGAAAAGAGUCCCGCUCACUAAGGAGGAACACAACAGAAGGAAACACACAACUGACCCAUACAGGUCCCCCGCAAUGGCUGGCGGAUUAUUCGCGAUAGAACGCCAAUAUUUCUUUGAUAUCGGUCUUUAUGAUCCUGGUUUAGAAAUUUGGGGAGGAGAGAAUUUCGAAAUGUCGUUCAAGAUUUGGAUGUGUGAAGGCGAGGUAUUGUUCGUACCAUGCUCACGGGUGGGACACGUAUACAGACUACCUGGUUGGAGCGGCAAUCCGCCACCCGAAUAUGUGCCUUCCAAUCCAAGUCUUAGGAACUACAUACGUGUGGUAGAAACAUGGUGGGACGAAUAUAAGGAUUAUUUCUACGCAAGCAGACCUGAAACAUUGAAUAUGCCGUAUGGAGAUAUUAGCGCUCAGGUGAAAUACAGACAAGAACACAACUGUAAAAGUUUCAAAUGGUUCAUGGAAAACAUUGCUUACGACAUCGUGGAGCAUUAUCCGUUGCCACCCAAGAAUAAAGAGUGGGGAGAGGUUCGUGGUGUUGAUACGAACCAGUGUUUGGAUAGCAUGGGACAUAAGAACGGUGAUGGUGCAUUAGAAUCAGGUUACUGCCAUCGUAUGGGUGGAAAUCAACUAUUCCGACUCAGCGAGGCUAAUCAGCUGGCACAGUAUGAUCAAUGCGUCACAAUACAACGGGGUGUCGUCACAGUGAUGCAUUGUGACACAACACAGUUCAGGGAAUGGGACCAUGAUUUGAUUAACAAAUCGGUUCGUCAUACAACGAGUGGUAAAUGUUUAGAACGUGGCGAACUUGUACACAAAGUGUUCCUUGCUUUAUGCGAUGCAAACAAGCCAACGCAACGAUGGGAAAUCAAUCAAAUACAAUCCAAAUAAACCUAUACCUACAGCGGCAUCUAGCGGUUACAAAAAUCCAGAUUCUCUAAAUCGAAAAAUUGCGUAAACACUUUGUAAAGUGCAAUAUUGUAAAUUCCCAACAAAGCGAAGACGAUAUGCAGUAUUUGCUGAAGCUGUGCUGUUCAAGGAUACUUGAAACAUGUAGUUUAACUAUAGGAGAACGGUAGCGUACAUAAUUAUUUAAAUAUUUAGCUGAAUAAUUUAUAUUUACCAUUAGUUGUUAUUAUAAUUGCAGUAAAAACAGUGAUUUCUUUUUUCUCUUGAACAAAAUCCCGAUAUUUAAACGCGUGUAUAAAUUUAAUGUAGAAUCAAACUAUGGUAUUACGCCUUUUUGACCUUUUACGGUUAUUCGUAUUUACUGGAACAUUUAAUUUACUUGUACUUGUUUUAUCGGGGUAAGAUGGGACAUGUUUUUAUUCUCUUUUCACGUUCCAUUUGGUAGCAAACAAAUGAUAUUUACAUAAUAGUUAAACGUAUCUUCACGACUCUUAAAAACAGCGUUGUUAAGUGUUCAAAACACAAUAUGAAAAUAUAAGAUUUGGGUCCUAACAGUAUUCCAUCUUACCCCCACAGUAGUAUAUCUUCCAUUUGGUAUUGCAGUGUUUUAUAAUAUGCGUAGAUAUAUGUUACGAAUGGAAAGUGAAAUUUAAGUUCAAAUGUGUUGCACAUGCAUGUUGAACUUUGCGUUUUGCACACGGCACACACAAAGAAAAAAAUGAAACUUUUCGAUCAUUCA